UGUUGGCGUUAUCAGCGGACACAGCUCUUCGACUUGGAAUGCGCCUCCGCUCAUAUUGCUGGCACAGUCCACGCCUGCGUCGUUGUCAACAUGCGUGUUCCUGCCGUGGUGUCACCAGCAAAGCUCGUCUUCGGAACAUUGAAAGAGCUUCCCCAUGCGCUUUUCACCUUCCGUGGGCACGAGAACAGCACUUCCGACAUGGUCCCUUCUCCUGGCUUCCGCUUCCAUGCAGGUGUGCAUGGCGCUGGGUCCUCCUGCUGUGUUCGUGCCCUUCCCGGCUCUCCUAUAGCCCGUCCAGGCCGUCCCGCAAGCAACAAGGUGACGGCGAGGCGCUCUAGCCGCAGGCAAUGUUGCUGUCAUCCAGGGGCACCGACACCCGGCAGCUCGGCUGAACAUCAGAGCGCGAUUAGUGGUAGUCCGGCUUCUUUUUUUCCUUGCGCACCGAGCCGUGCCUCGUGACGAGGUUGGGUCCCGGCUCCAGACAUAUCUAGAUGGCGCGAAGACGGCUUUCGCCGCGAAAGCCAGCAUCAGUGACGGUUACCGUUUUGGGGAUUCCUCGCCACAGCCGCCGCUCGCAGGGGGACCUGUCCCGGCAGAGUCAAGCGCUGGCGAACCUGACUGCAUCAGUGACGCAGAAAGCGAGCACGAGGACGACCUGGUUGUGCCGGCCACCGACGCCUGAGGACGUGGUGGCCCUCCUAUGGAGGUUCACCCUCUGCAGUUAUUCUCAAGUGCGCUCGACGAGGUGGCGAAGACAGCUUCAGCAUCGGCACGGAAUGUAGCAUCGACCUGCAUCGCGAUGAGCGAUCGUGGCCAGCAUCCAGAGGCGGUUCUGCUGGAUUCGCGCCGCGGACCGCUAGGACACGUCACACGUAUUACACAAAGGAGCUUAUUAGCACAUUGAAAUAAUUCUCAUGUGGACACUAUGGAUUUCUAUAACAUUUGCCGCCCCACUCUCCAUCCCC